UCCACUUCUCAUUCGGACCAUUCAGCGCAGACAAAGUCUGCUUCUGCUGUCUCGUCGGAUUCCAUCUCCACCUCCACAGAGAACUAUUCCCCGGAUUUAAGGGUCCUCAGAGAAUCUAAUAAAUUGGCCGAAAUGGAGGAGCCCCCUUUGCUACCUGGAGAAACCAUUAAGGACAUGGCAAAAGAUGUUACUCAUAUCUGCCCAUUUACUGGAGCUAUUAGAGGAACCUUGACAGUUACAAAUUACAGACUGUAUUUUAAAAGCAUGGAAAGGGUUCCUCCUUUUGUUCUCGACGCCCCUCUAGGAGUGAUCAACCGUGUAGAGAAAAUCGGAGGUGCUUCUAGCCGCGGAGAAAAUUCUUACGGGCUUGAAAUUGUGUGCAAGGACGUUCGGAACCUGCGGUUUGCGCAUCGCCCUGAGGGCCGCACGAGAAGGUCCAUAUUUGAAAACUUAAUGAAAUAUGCCUUUCCAGUAUCGAACCAUUUGUCCCUUUUUGCAUUUGAAUACAAAGAGGUUUUCCCAGAAAAUGGCUGGAAGGUUUACGACCCUGUUUUGGAGUACAGACGACAGGGUAUUCCUAACGAAAGUUGGAGACUGACCAAGGUGAACGAGCGGUACGAGCUUUGCGACACCUAUCCUGCCCUUUUAGCUGCUCCUGCCAAUAUUCCCGACGAGGAACUGAAGAGAGUGGCGACAUUCCGAUCCAGGGGACGCAUACCUGUUUUGUCCUGGAUUCACCCGGAAAGCCAAGCCACGAUCACCCGCUGCAGCCAGCCGAUGGUUGGGGUGAGCGGCAAGAGAAGUAAGGAGGACGAGAAGUACUUGCAGACGAUCAUGGACUCCAACGCCCAGUCUCACAAGAUCUUCAUCUUCGAUGCCCGGCCAAGCGUGAACGCCGUAGCCAACAAGGCCAAAGGAGGAGGCUAUGAAAGCGAAGAUGCCUAUCAGAAUGCGGAGUUGGUCUUCCUGGACAUCCACAAUAUCCAUGUGAUGAGAGAAUCGCUGAGGAAACUCAAGGAGAUAGUCUACCCUACUAUAGAAGAGUCGCACUGGCUGUCUAAUUUGGAAUCCACUCAUUGGCUGGAACAUCUUAAACUCAUUCUUGCGGGUGCUCUUCGGAUCGCCGACAAGGUGGAAUCAGGGAAGACCUCAGUGGUGGUACACUGCAGCGACGGCUGGGAUCGAACUGCUCAGCUCACCUCCCUGGCUAUGCUCAUGUUAGAUGGCUACUACCGGACGAUACGAGGUUUCGAAGUCCUGGUGGAAAAGGAAUGGCUGAGUUUCGGGCACAGGUUCCAGCUGAGAUUGGGUCACGGAGACAAGAACCAUGCGGACGCAGACCGCUCUCCUGUUUUUCUCCAGUUUAUCGACAGUGUCUGGCAAAUGACAAGACAGUUUCCCACAGCAUUUGAAUUCAGCGAGUGCUUUCUGAUCACCGUCCUGGACCACCUCUACAGCUGUUUGUUUGGGACAUUCCUGUGUAAUAGCGAGCAGCAGAGGGUGAAAGAGGGCCUGCCAAACAAGACGGUGUCGCUGUGGUCCUAUAUCAACAGCCAUCUCGAAGACUUCACCAACCCUCUGUAUGCCAGCUACACCAACCACGUCUUGUAUCCUGUGGCCAGCAUGCGCCACCUAGAGCUUUGGGUGGGCUACUACAUCCGGUGGAAUCCACGGAUGAAGCCACAGGAGCCAGUGCACAAUCGUUACAAGGAACUCCUGGCGAAGCGGACGGAGCUCCAGAAGAAGGUGGAGGAGCUGCAGCGGGAAAUCACCAACCGGUCCACCUCGUCCUCCGAGAGAGCAGGCUCUCCCGCUCAGUGCGUCGCUCCUGUCCAGACCGUCGUGUGACAGACUCUUCGAUUCGAAACUCUCCAGG